UUUAACAAAACUAAUUUUUGCAAACCUACAUCUAAUAAUACCAACGUAUAAAAUGGCUUUAUAUGAGUCCGAUCUCCGUGAGAAUCUUAACCAAUUAAUUGUGGAACAUUUAGAAGAUGACAAUUCUAUUGUAAGAUUGUCUCCUACAAAAAUGCAGACACUCGGCAUUUUCCGAUAUGUACGUUUAAAAGGCAGGAAUGGAAGAAAAACGGUUUGCACAGCCUUGGUAGAUUCAACCUGUCCAACGGCUAUCAUCAGAAUGAACGAACAUGUAAGAAAAAAUUUACGAGUCAAAGAGGGAGAUAGCAUCAGAAUUUAUACCAUAAAUAAUAUUGAUUAUGGAAAAAGAAUUCAUGUUCUUCCGAUCGAAGAUACAAUCCCGACAGUGAAUUGUCAUCUUUUCGACGAUUAUCUUAAACCAUACUUUCACGGAGCAUAUAGACCAGUAUAUAAAGGAGACUUACUUCUCAUUAAAGGCCCUCGAGGUAAUGUCGAGUUUAAAACAAUUGCGGUCGAUCCCGAUCCCUUUUGUAUCGUCGCGCCGAAAACUAUCGUAUAUUACGAAGGAAAUGCAAUCUUAAAAGCAGACAUAGAAAAAGAAAUGAAUGCUAUUGGAUAUGACGAUAUCGGUGGCUACAGUUCCCAACUAUUACAAAUUAGAGAAGUAGUUGAAUUAUCUUUAAAAUAUCCAACUAUAUUUAACAACAUGGGAAUUAAACCGCCGCGAGGUGUUUUAAUGUACGGACCACCAGGAACCGGAAAAACUUUGAUGGCUAAAGCAAUAGCUAAUGAAUCGGGAGCACACUUUUCGUUAAUAAACGGUGUUGAAAUCCUAAGCGAAUUUUCUGGGGAAUCGGAGAAUAAUCUUCGAUUGAUAUUUGCUGAUGCCGAAAAGCACGCUCCGGCAAUUAUAUUCAUUGACGAGAUAGAUGCUAUUGCACCAAACAGAAACAAAGUCGAGGGACAAGAGGAAAAACGAAUUGUGUCCCAAUUUCUCACAUUAUUGGACGGUGUGAUGGAAAUGAAUGGGAUGGCUGUAAUUGCUGCCACAAAUUGCCUGAAUAAUAUCGAUCCUGCUCUACGUCGAAGCGGAAGAUUCGAUCGUGAAAUAUACUUUGGAAUUCCGCAAGUAAAUGAGAGAUUAGAAAUUCUUCGUAUCUCAACAAGAAGAAUGAAGUUGGCCGAAGACGUUAACAUAGAAGAGCUGGCCAGAGAAACGCGUGGAUUCGUUGGUGCGGAUAUUCACUCUGUCUGCAGAGAAGCCUUAUUCCAUCAAAUAAGAGAAAAGAUAUGUCUCGAUGACGUAGAGGACGGAAUAACAGAUGAGAUUAUAAAUUCUCUGAACGUAACAAUGAGUAAUUUUAGAUGUGUUUUAAAGAAUAUUUGCCCAAAUGUUCUGCGAGGAUGCUUAGUUGAAAAUCCUAACAUAUCUUGGGAAGAUAUUGGAGGUUUAGAUGAUGUUAAGAGAGAAUUGCAAGAAUUAAUCGAAUAUCCGGUAAAAUUCGCCGAUAAAUUCUUAAGAUACGGAUUGUCACCUGCUCGAGGAUUUCUCCUAUUUGGACCUCCGGGAUGCGGAAAGACCCUUUCGGCCAAAGCGAUGGUUUCCAGUUGUGCAGUCAAUUUCAUCUGCAUUAACGGACCGGAGCUUUUGAGCAAAUGGUUUGGAGAAACAGAAGCCAACGUGAGAGAGGUCUUCGACAAAGCUAGAAGAGCUGAACCCUGCGUGCUCUUUUUCGAUGAAAUCGACUCCAUAGCUACAAAACGCAUUAAUUAUGGCGGAGAUAACGCAACGUCAGAUCGUAUUCUCACACAAAUACUGACAGAAAUGGAUGGAAUAAAUCUGAAUAACAACAUAUUUUUCUUGGGCGCCACUAAUCGACCGGAAGUCAUCGACUCCGCCAUUCUAAGACCUGGACGUUUAGAUCAAGUAAUUUAUGUUCCAUUGCCCGAUCAGUCAGCCAGGAAGAGCAUUUUGACAGCUGCUCUGAGACGAUGCCCACUAGCAAACGAUGUCGAUUUGGACCCCAUCUCUAGGAACACGGAUGGAUUAAGUGGUGCAGAUUUAAGUCAAGUUUGCAAAAAAGCUUGUAAAUUAGCUUUAAAAGAGAAUAUUGAAAAUUCAGAAACAGGUGAAGAUUUCAUUGCCGAGAUUGAAAUGCGUCACUUCCAAGAAGCAAUCAAACAAACACGACCUUCAGUCAAUAGUGAGGAUCUUCACAGAUUUGAAGAAUUUCUCUACAAAUUUAGAAAUCAUAAAGAUUAUUGCGUUUAGAUCUAAUAGAUUGAUAUUCGUUAUGGAUAAAAAUUUGAGUGAUUAAAAUCUUUACUCUAUUUUUAUUUACUUUUUAUCACUUCAAAUUAGAACGAGCAAUUAUUUUAUUGUGACAUCACCACAAUGCCGGGCUACAAUUUUUAAUUAAUUAAAUUUAAUUUAAAAGAUAUGUUCUCCAUUUUAAAUUGGUACUGUAGUGUUUCGCCCCUGUACAUCAUACUUUUCCUUUAACAAUAGAGUCGUGCAGGUUAUCUAUUAACUGC